CGUCACAAAAUAGAUGAAAUAAUGAGGGGGGGAAAUGAUGUGGAUAUAUUGAAGCAACAUCUCAAGACAUCAGUCAGUAAGGUAAAGCUUGGUCGCAAAUGGGUCUUCCAAAUGGACAACGACCCCAAGCAUACUUCAAAAGUUGUGGCAAAAUGGCUAAGGACAACAAAGUAAAGGUAUUGGAGUGGCCAUCACAAAUCCCUAACCUCAAUCCCAUAGAAAGUUUGUGGGCAGAAAUGAAAAAGCAUGUGCGAGCAAGGAGGCCUACAAACCUGGCUCCGUUACACCAGCUCUGUCAGGAGGAAUGGGCCAAAAUUCACCCAACUUAUUGUGGGAAGCUUGUGAAAGGCUACCCGAAAGGUUUGACCCAAGUUAAACAAUUUAAAGGCAAUGCUACCAAAUACUAAUUGAGUCUAUGUAGACUUCUGACCCACUGGGAAUGUAAUGACAUUUCUUUAAAGCUGAAAUAAAUAAUUCUCUCUACUAUUAGUCUGACAUUUCACAUUCUUAAAAUAAAGUGGUGAUCCUAACUGACCUAAGACAGGGAAUUUUUUACUGGGAUUAAAUGUCAGGAAUUGUGAAACUAGAGUUUAGACAAAUACAUUUUAAGGUGUAUGUAAACUUCCGACUUCAACUUAUCCAGUCACAUGGUGGGGUAGUGAAAAAUGGGGUCGCUGGCCCCCAAAAAUUGGGAAGCCCUGUUGUUGUAGGCAAAAUGUCACCUUAAUAAAUAUAAGUUUUGUUCUUGCAGUAAGAUAAUUUUUUUCAAAGGCAUUUUCACCGCUUGUCAUUAUAACCAACUCACCUGUGUAUGUUUACUACUCUAGAUGAGUUAUACUGGAUGAAAUGACAUUCAGCUUGUGAGGAUUUCAAACUUGCUUACUCUCUACUACCCCCUAGUGCACGUUGUAUAUACUAUGUGCUUUUGAAUCAAACCGCAACAGGCAAAUGUAUUUUCUAUCGGUCCCACUGUCUGCUCUUGCCAGUUUUCCGUAAAUCCUACAUCUGCCUUUAAAACAAAACCUUUAUGUAACCUUUAUUUAACCAGGCAAGUCAAUUUAAGAGCAAAUUCUUAGUUACAAUGACAGCCUGUUAAAAGGCCUGUUGUGCGGACGGGCUGGGAUUAUCCAUCCAUGCACCAUCUAACCCCCUCACUCCAUCUUCAGAAAGUCCAGACUCCUCUGUCAGAAGUAUUUUGCAAAUAAGGAUGGAGCCACUGUGACUAUGGGAGGAGAACAGGAUGGGGUUGAUAGUGUGCAGUCCUUCAGGUAAAUGUGACCAUGCCAAAAUACGGAGACACAAACGUCUUGGGAGAGGAGCCCGAGAGAAGGAUCUGGGCCUUCAGCACACCAGGCAGAAGUUAAUGUGGCUGCUGGAGGCUUUAUGGUCCCUGGGAGAGUCCCCUGGUGCAGCGGUCGGACGUGGCCAGCUCACUCUGAUCCGGCCAGCUCUGCUGUCGGCCGGCCGCUCGGUCCGCGCUCUCGGCGUCAGCAAGGCAAAAAAACUGCAUCAAAGGAGAAGAGGAAGAUGAAGAAAGGCAAGGGAGGCGCCAUUGAUGGCAGAGGAGAGAAGGGACUGACCACCACCUUCCAGGGAUUGGCCACCGCCCAGCCGGGGGACGAGUAUGAACACGACACCUCCGAUGAAGAGGACAUUCGUAACACGGUGGGCAACGUUCCCAUGGAGUGGUACCAGGACUACCCUCACAUCGGCUAUAACCUGGACGGGAAGAAGAUCUUUAAGCCCAUCAGGAACAAAGACGAGCUGGAUGAGUUUCUUGACAAGAUGGAGAACCCAGACUACUGGCGUACGGUUCAUGACAAGACGACAGCCUCAGACAUUCGUCUGACAGACGAGCAGGUGGACCUGGUGCACCGCCUCCAGAAGGGUCAAUUUGGCGACGUCAACUUCAACGAGUACGAGCCGUCCGUGGACUUCUUCACCAACGAGGUCAUGAUCCAUCCGGUGACCAACAGGCCCCAGGACAAACGCAGCUUCAUCCCCUCACUCAUAGAGAAGGAGAAGGUUUCGAAGCUGGUCCAUGCCAUAAAGAUGGGUUGGAUCAAGCCCCGUAAGCCCAAAGAGACCACCCCUCAGUACUACGACCUGUGGGCCAAGGAGGACCCCAACGCCAUACUGGGGCGCCACAAGAUGCACGUCCCCGCCCCCAAGAUGAGGCUGCCCGGACACGAGGAGUCCUACAAUCCUCCGCCUGAGUACCUGCUCACAGAGGAAGAGAGAUUGGUGUGGGAGCAGCAGGAUGCAGAAGACAGGAAGCUCCCGUUCCUCCCUCAGAAACACUCCUGUCUGAGGGCCGUGCCCGCCUUCUCCCGUUUCAUCCACGAGCGCUUCGAACGCUGCCUUGACCUUUACCUGUGUCCCCGCCAGCGCAAGAUGAGGGUGAAUGUGAAUCCAGAAGAUCUGAUCCCCAAGCUGCCCAAACCCAAGGACCUGCAGCCCUUCCCCACCACUAUGUCUCUGGUGUACCGUGGCCACACCAGUCUGGUGCGCUCCAUCAGUGCGUCUCCCACCGGCCAGUGGCUGGUCUCAGGCUCAGACGAUUUCACGGUGCGCUUCUGGGAGGUCAACACAGGGCGCUGCAUGAAGACUCUGGAGGUGGGCGGAGCUGUGAAGAGCGUGGCGUGGAACCCCAACCCGGCCGUCUGCCUGGUGGCUGUGUGCUUUGAGCGUACAGUGCUGCUGUUGAACCCAUCUCUGGGAGACAGGCUGGUGGUGAGCUCCACAGACCAGCUGAUCACCGCCUACGAGCCCCCAGAGGAGGACAAGGAGCAGGCCGUCACCUGGGCUCUGUCUGAAGGCCUGGAGCACAACAAGGGACACCGCCUUACCCUCACUCACCCCAAGGCAGUAAAGCAGGUAGUUUGGCACGGUAAGGGUGACUACCUGUCCAGCGUCAUGCCUGACAACAGCAGCAACCUGCAGGUGCUGAUCCACCAGGUGAGCAAGCGGCGGACACAGAACCCCUUCCGCAAGAACAAGGGCCUGGUGCAGUGCGUCUCCUUCCACCCGUUGCGGCCCUACUUCUUCGUGGCCACGCAGCGCUACGUACGCGUCUACAACCUCAUCAAGCAAGAGCUGACCAAGAAGCUGAUGACCAACUGCAAGUGGAUCUCCAGCAUGGCCAUUCACCCUGGAGGUGAUAACCUGAUCUGUGGCAGCUAUGACUGCAGACUGGCCUGGUUUGAUCUGGACCUCUCCACCAAACCCUACAAGAUGCUGCGGCACCACAAGAAGGCCUUGAGGGGCGUGGCUUAUCACAGGAACUACCCCCUAUUCGCCUCUGGUGCUGAUGACGGCAGCGUGAUCGUCUGCCACGGCAUGGUCUACAAUGACCUGCUCCAGAAUCCUCUCAUUGUACCAGUCAAGGUACUGAAGGGUCACCAGAUCACCCAUGAUCUGGGGGUCCUAGACGUGACCUUCCACCCCACCCAGCCCUGGGUCUUCUCCUCUGGGGCUGACACCACCAUCCGCCUCUUUACCUAAACCACCUUGGUCACAUCUCAAAUCACACCCUAUUCCCUAUCUAGUGCACUACUUUUGACCAGAGCAGUUUGACCAAAGUGGUGCACUAUAUAGGGAAUAUGGAUACCUUGGUUACAUUUCAAAUGGCAUGGUAUUCCCUGUAUAGUGCACUACUUUUGACCAGAGCCCACAUAGGGCUAUAUGUGUACUGUAUUUAAGACACUUCCCAGGCUCCUUCCAUGUCCUCUGACAGCUAUCCCUGACGGAAUAAUCAAAUCAAGUGCCUGACAUCAUGUUUAUUAUCCUCAUGUUUAGUACUUUUUCCAAGCUGAGAGAACAUUGACCACACAGCCAUAAUCUCUUUCUCUCCUCAGUGAAACUGAGACAGUAAAAAUAUGUUUGGUUUCAAACGGCACCUCAAAUCUGGCCUGGGCAGGAAAGCCCAUUUCCGUCUACGUUGCUGUUCUAUGCAGCUGACCUCAUAGCAGCGCAUACGAGUCAAACCACUAAUGCUUGGACACUUCAGACAGCCCCCGUGACAAAAUAUACUGUAUGUUCAGAGAUUAAGCUUGCCAAUAGAAACAAUAGAACAAAGAUGUUGUGAGCUCCCAGAAGGCCCCUGUCAGCCCCUGUACUAGAAGGAUAUGUGUAAUUAUAUCGGUCUCUCUUUGUGUAUGCAACCAAAGUCAUGUCCAGUUGAGGUUCUGCAGGACUUGUUCCGAUCACAAACACUAUGUAUGGCGAUGUGUGAUCCCUUUUUUUUAAAUUGUAAAAUCUUCUGACUCCUUUUCUCAACGACUUUAUCGGUCUGCUACAAGUAUUUCUUUUGAAUUAAAACGGGUUUUCCCUGAA